CCGGAAAUUUCUUUCUUACGAAUUCGUCCUAAUUUACGAAUUGGCAAAAGGAAGAAAAGAGGCAAUUUUUUGGUUCGUUUUUGAUCAUUUUUGUUAGUUCGCAUCAGUUCGCAUUGAAUUACGAAUUAGCUGCGAAUUCUCAAAACAAUGGUAAAAUGCGAAUUGGUGCAUCGUUUUUAACCCAAAAAUUGCGAUUCGUCAAUUCGUCUUUAGACACUUUGUCCACACUAAUGGUCUGCGUUUGAUUACUAAUCGAGGCAGGUCACUUUGUUGACAUGCGCAUAGAGGAAGAAGAGACGAUACAAACAAAAUGGUAAAGAAGAGGGCAAAACAACAACAGUACAAAUAUUGAUACACAAACAGUAUCAUUAGUCUCACAUUUGAAUAAAGAGUUUGAGAGCAUCGUUAAAAGCAGAGAAAGACGGUUCUGACACUAUAUGCUUCAUUGGUAGAGGAUUCUAGACAUUAAGGGUUCUCUAGACAUUAAGGGUUCUCCAGAAAAAAGGGACUGGACUGUCUCAUUGGUGGUAAAAAGUACUUCUACUGUUUGGGAAUUCUUGCUAAGACGAAGUGAUCUCGUGUUCCUAACUGCAGUUAUAUAGUCUUGAUGAUUGAGAAGAGAAAGGUUGUUGUGUAAUUUGUAAAAAGAGACAAGGCGAAAAUAGCACCUACACACUAUAGGAUUAGGCAGUCGGUGCUAGGUCAAUUGAUCGUAGGUCUUUUCGUCGCGAUCAUUUAGUCGCCGAUCUUUUCGUCACACGGACAUUUAGUCGCAUCACUUUCGUUGCGCGAAAUCCGUAGCCAGAUUUGUAUGACAGCGUCCUUUAAACUGACAAACACAAGAAAUAAGUAAAGUGCCGGUAAUUGGUCGGCAUAAACUUACCUUUGGAAGUCAGUCAAUUUAAAUUUAUCACCGAAACAAAUAAGAUACAUUAUUCAUUUUAUUGUCUUUAACACAAAGAACUUUUACCAAAACUCAACUCUCUUUUGAAUGACGACUUAUUCUCAAACGGAAACGAGUUCAUUAAAUGCUGAAUGUAUACUGUGUAAUCAUUAAGCGUGCAACAUCAACAACAUCAAAUCUUUUAUGUCAUCUGGAACAUCAACAUCCUAACGAAUAUAAACUUAUAAGUAAAUUAUCCAAACGGUCAUUCAAUAAUCCAAUACGUCUUCCACUCAAUAGUGAACGUGAUGAACAAUUAACACGUCUUGCAGUUGAAUUUAUUAAAUAUGAUCUUCUUCCGUUAACUACUAUCGAAAGUCCCAAAUUACAGACUAUUUUUCAUCAAACUGAACCUUCAUGUAACUUACCAAAAUGA